GAGUCAACAAUUUUGAAGAAUUAAUCUUUCGAAUCUAGUUAUCGAAGAUGACUGACACCUCUGCAUCACCGAUUGCCGCUUCGGCGAGUGGAUCGUCCGUACCAGCGAAGGCAGAACCAGCGAAGAAGGCAGCCAAGGCUAAAAAUCCGAAGGCCAAAGCAAGUCAUCCCAGUACAGCUGACAUGGUUAAUACGGCUAUUAAAACUCUGGCUGAACGGAAUGGAUCGUCUCUCCAGGCUAUUAAGAAGUACAUGGCUGGAACCUACAAGCUUGACACCGAGAAACACGCACUCUUCAUCAAGAAGUACUUGAAAUCAGCAGUUGCGGCUGGAACUUUGGUGCAGACCAAAGGAAAGGGUGCAGCUGGAUCUUUCAAGCUUGCUGUGAAAAAGGCAGAUUCUUCGAAACCAAAACCUAAACCCAAGGCUCUCAAGAAGGAGGGAUCACCUAAGAAGGCUGCUGUUAAGAAAUCCGUCAAGAAAAUCGAGGCAACCAAACCAAAAGCAAAAAAAAUAGCUUCACCGAAAAAAGCUGCAGUGAAGAAACCAGUUGCUGAGAAGAAGACUGCCAAACCAAAAGCCGCUAAACCCAAAAGCCCUAAAGCGAAGAAAGCUACAAAGGCACCAACAGCUAAGCCUAAGGCACCUAAGCCCAAAAAAGUUGCACCGAAGACCAAAGUUCCAGCGAAGAAAUCGGCUGCAGCAAAAAAAUGAAUUGAAUAUGCCAAUUCAAUUCAAUCAUCAUAACCAAACGGCCCUUUUCAGGGCCAAUAAUUUUUUCAAACGUUGAAAUUCUUAAUUGCGAUUAUAUAAUCACUUGUCUACUGCGUUAAUUAUAUUUUAUUGAGUAUCGGAAACUUCGUGGCGAUGUAGAGUUGUAAAAACUACUAAGAUCGUACAUUGUAGACUUGCAAAAACUAUUAAGAAAUUAUUACUCGAAUGAACGUUUUGAAAAGGUAACGGAAUAUUACAUGAACGGUAAUGAUAUUUUCAGCAAGAAUAUUAGAGUAAAUUUAGUAAAUUAUGAUCUAAU